AUGAAAGACAAAGAAUUUUCAAUUUGGCCACUUUUAUACACCGGUUCUGCUUAUGAUAGUUAUGGAGAAAUAGAACAAGCUUUUCAGUUUUUAGACAAUGAUUGUGAUGGUAAAUUAUCUGCUAAAGAUUUGCAGGCUAUUUCAAAGAAUUAUGGAUUAAAAUUGUCUCCAGAUGAUGUUGAUAGUAUGAUUACUGAAGCCAAUAGAGAUGGAACUGGUUUAAUAACAUUACAAGAAUUUAUUAAAGUUAUGCAAAAAACACCAUUAUUUAAUUAGCAAUUAAUUACAUACAUAACUUGAGCUAAAACUGUUCACAUUAUUGGUACUCUC